AUGGUCGAAUUGACAGAAGUUACAGAGGACAACAACACUCAGAUUUUCGAACAGGAAAAGGAAGUGCCAGCUGGAACCUUCAACAACGAAGAAGCGGUCCCAGAGCAAGAAUCCUCGGACGAGUACUCCAGUGAUGAUGAAUACGACGAAGACGAGACGCUUCUGGAGAGAUUGAGCGCUUUGAAAGACAUAAUUUCGCCCAAGCAAAGACAGACGAUUUCCAAGAUCUUCGAUGCCACGGUUUCGGUGGUCAAAAGCGCCUUUUCCAGAAGUGGAAACGUGGCUUGGGCUAUCACAACAUCUGCUCUUCUGCUAGGAGUCCCGCUUUCGCUCUCCAUUCUUGCAGAACAGCAGCUGAUCGAGAUGGAAAAGAGUUUCGAUCUUCAAAAAGACGCUAACGAUAUCUUGGUGCAAGGAGACGCACCUGCAGCGGCUACUGCGACCCCAUGA